GGGAUGCAGUGUUCCCGCCAUGUCGGAAUCGCGGUCGCAGGACGCUGCCUCGGACUUGGGGUCCGGGAGCCGCAGGAGGACGUGGGCCGAGCUGCUGGCGGGAAGGGUCAAGAGGCAACGGCAGGGUCUUGGAAGGGAACACAAGCUGCAGGAAUCAGCUGUGCGCCUCCUGAGACGCCAUCUAAAUUUGAACGACCUUUUGCUGGAGGUAGAAGGUUCAGCAUGUAAAACUCUGCGUCUCAAUCAGUUGAUGGAUCCUGAGGCCUCUGCUGAUCUUUCUAGUUCAUUCAUAGGCUCUGCUUUACGGGAUGAAGCCUCGAGACUGGGUGUCCCAGUAGCUGUGCUGUCCAGCCGGGCAGUGGCCUCCAGCUUUGUGCAGAUCUGUGCGUCCAGUGGCGAGCCCUCCCACAGGGUGCUGCUGAAUGCAGAGCAAAGGAAGAAAAUGUCUUCUUUAUUGGAGGUGGCUCAGUAUUUAUUAGCCCAUAGUAUGUUCUCUCGUUUCUCCUUCUGUCAAGAACUAUGGGAAGUACGGAGUUCUUUGUUGCUUGAAGCUGUGUGGCAUCUUCAUGUACAAAACCUUGUGAGCCUCCAGGAGCUGUUGGAAAGUCAUGCUGACACGCAGGCCACGGUUGCGUGGCUCUUCAGGGACCUGUGCGUUCUGUGUGAGCAGAUGGAAGCGUCCACUCAGCACACUGACAUCGCCAGGGCUGUGCUUUCUGAUUUUGUGCAGUUGUUUGUUUUGAGAGGAUUUCAGAAAAACUCGGAUCUGAGAAGUGUGGAGCCUGCACAGAUGGCCCAGCUCGCCAUGGCCGUGCUUCAGAGGAUGCUGAUGUUCGCUCUCGAGGCUUUGGCCACCGGACUGCAGGAUGAAUCCCCAGCGUACAGGGCAGUGAAGAGCUGGUUUGGCGUGUUCUGUGGACACACGUAUGGCGCAGCGGUUUCAACAGAUGUGCCAAAGAGGUUUUUCAGUCAUACUCUGACUCAGGUGCUAACUCACAAGCCUGUGCUGAGAGUUUCUGAUGCUGUUCAAAUGCAGAGAGAUUGGAGCUUCGCGAAGACCCACCCUUUGCUAACCAGUCUGUACCGCAGGCUCUUCGCGGUACUGCUUCCAGAGGAGUUGGUUGGCCACUUACAAGAAGUUCUGGAGACACGCGAGGUGAACUGGCAGCAUGUGCUCUCCUGUGUGUCUACACUGGUGAUCUGCUUACCUGAGGCGCAGCAGCUGGUUACAGACUGGGUGGCCCGAUUGCUGGCCCGUGCGUUCGAGAGCUGCAACCUGGACAGCAUGGUCACCGCGUUCCUGGUGGUGCGUCAGGCUGCGCUGGAGGGCCCCUCUGUGUUCCCGUCCUACUCAGACUGGUUCCAGGCCUCCUUUGGGAGCACGAGGGGCUUCCACAGUGGCAGCAAGAAGACACUGGUCUUUCUCUUCAAGUUCCUGUCAGACCUCGUGCCCUUUGAGGCUCCCCGGUACAUGCAGGUGCACAUUCUCCAUCCGCCGCUGGUGCCAAGCAAGUACCGUUCCCUCCUCACGGACUAUGUCACGCUGGCCAAGACGCGCCUGGCUGACCUGAAGGUUUCUAUGGAAAACAUGGGCCUCUACGAGGAUCUGUCUUCAGCCAGGGACACCACGGAGUGUCUAUUCCUUCAAAUCUUCUGUUCCUUCCCCAUCCUCCCUGGAUGGAGCCAGCCCCAUGGCCAAGCGCACCAGGAUGUGGAGAAGGCCAUUGCAGUGUUCGAACACACGGGGAAGGUUCCUGUCGCCGUCAUGGAGGCCAGCAUCUUCAGGAGACCUUACUACGUGUCUCACUUUCUCCCUGCUCUGCUCACACCUCGAGUGCUUCCGAGAACCCCUGAUUCCAGAGUGGCCUUGAUAGAGUCCCUGAGGAGGGCAGAUAAAAUUCCCCCGUCUCUGUAUUCCACCUACUGCCAAGCCUGCUCCACUGCGGAAGAGAAGAAACCAGAACGUGCAGCCCCAGGGAUGAAGGCGGAAGCCGGGGGCUGUGCGGAAGAACCGCUGGGACCGCUCGCCGCUGCCCUGAGAGAGCUCAGAGCCGCCAUGACAGACCCCUCUCAGUAUGACGUUCUUUCCGCUCACGUGGCAGUUGUCUCUGAACGGCUCAGCUCCGCCCUGGGCCUGGGCGAGGAGGACGGCAGCUUGGAGGUAUCGCAGGCCCAGCUCAGCAUCAUGGCUCCACACCUGGAGCACCAGGAACAGGAGAUCGCGGACCUCCUGUUGACGUCUUUCUGUCAGAACCUGAUCGCAGCCUCCAGCUUUGCCCCACCAGACAGGCAGGGCCCCUGGGCUGCUCGCUUCGUGACAGCCAUGUGUGGACGCAGGCUCCUCCCUGUUGUGCUCACCCGGCUCUGCCAACUACUCCGUCACCAGGGCCCAAGCCUGAGUGCCUCCCACGUGCUGGGCCUGGCUGCCCUGGUCGUCCACCUGGGCGAGUCCAGGUCUGCGCUUCCAGAGGUGCACGUGGGUUUUCCUGCCCCUGCCAAGAGCCUCCCCAUCCCAGAGUUCUUCAGUAGCCUCCUGACGUUUGGAACCGCUGAGACCUCGCUCUUCUGCCUGAAAUUUUGUACAGCGGUGAUUUCUUACUUUUUGUGUAAGUCUUCUUCCCUGUCGCAAGAUAUUUUGUACAGCUGCUUAUCUCCAGUCCUCAUGAAAAAGUUCCAGUUCGUUACACUCAGACUGUUCUCAGAAGCCCGGGAACCCCCCUCUCAGGAGGACCCAGCCAGCCUUCCCUGGAGACUCCUGUGCCUGCCGACUGCCGACUGGCAGCGAGCCGCCCUGUGUCUGUGGAAACAGAGAACCUUCCAGGAACUGUUGAAGCAGAAAGAAUUUCACUUAACUUACAGAGACUGGUUACAGCUGGAACUAGAAAUUCAACCUGAGCUUGAUUCUCUUUCACAUACGGAGAGGUGGGACUUCCACCAGUGGGCGAUCCAUGAGCACUUCCUCCCCAAGCCCUCUGCUGCAGGGGGCUGCGAUGGGCAGCUGCAGACAGCGUGCACGGUUCUCGUCGACGUGCUGAUAGACUUCUGCCAAAGUUCGAGGAGUUACAACUGCUCAGAGAAUUCUGAUUUGGUUCUCGGUAGCUGCACAGGAAAUCGGGAUAUUUUUUCCAGAUUGCAGGAGAUGGCUGCUGACCUGGAACAGGGCCCAGCAGCAUCCCAGAGUUGCUCUCCUCGGGAGCACUUCCUUUUCAGAGUGUUCCGCACACGGCUCCAGGCUCUGGCAAGCGGGUGGGAUGUGGCUGCCCACCUUCAGAGACAGCGGGAGCUGCUUGUGUACAAAUGGAUCCUCCUCGGUCUGCCCCCGUCUGUUCUCGUCGGCAGCCCCCAGGCCAAAGAGCCAGCCGCCCCUGACUGCACGGAGUUCUUCCACUUGGUCAACUCUGAGCUGAGAAACUUCUGCUCCCAUGGAGGUGCUCUGACCCAUGACAUCACCGUCCACUUCUUCAGGGGGCUCCUCAGCGCCUGUUCACAAAGCAGAAACCCCUCCCGGACCGCAGACCUGAUCCUGACCGCGUGCCAGACUGAGUGCCCCAUAGUCCUGACCUCUGCUCUGUUGUGGUGGCCACGCCUGGAGCCUGAACUUCGCAGCCGGUGGACGAGAUGCUUCCAGGGCCCACUGCCCCAAGAGCUGCAGAGGCUGUGGGAGGCCCAGCAGUUUGGCAGGAGCUGCCUCUCUCCUGACUUGGCGUCCCCCCCACCGGGCCCGGCCUGGGUCUCUGCUGCUUCACUCCACUUCGCAAUCCAGCAAGCCGGGGAAAACAGCAUCAAGAGCCAGCUGGAGAAGCUGGACUGCCAAAGAGAGGAGCUGCUGGUUGUCCUGUUUUUCUUCUCCUUAAUGGGCCUGCUUUCAUCACAUCUAACCCCACACUUAAGACAUCGGGCUGUGGACUCCCUAAAGGCUUUGGACAUAUGUGCGGAGAUCCUGGGGUGUUUGGAGAAGAAGAAGGUAUCCUGGCUGGUACUCUUUCAGUUGACAGAGACAGAGGGUGGCCUGGGGCAUGUCCUCCUCCGCCUGGCCCCAGAUCCAUACAUCAGGCUGCUGCCGUUUGCCUUCUACAGCCUUCUCUCCUAUUUUGAUGAAGACGCCCUCAUGAGGGAAGAUGCCUUCCUGCGUGUUGCUGUCGACAUGUACCUAAAGCUGAUCUGUCUCUUCGUGGCUGGGGAGACAAGUGUGGUCUCGGCUCUAGCCGGCAGGAGCCAGGAGCUCCAGGGCCAGGGUGACCCCGUAGGCUUGAUAACAAAAGCUCGUCAUUUUCUGCUGCAAUCAAUACCUAGGUGCCCAAAAAAGAGCUUCUCGAACAUGGCAGAGCUGCUGGCUACCAGUGGACACUGUGACCCGGAAGUGAGUGCCGCCCUCCGGAGCAGACAGCAGGCGCUGCCCGAUGCCGACCUCUACCAGGAGCCCCAUCUCUUCUGACUGGACCCUGCGCAGCGCACAGCCCAGCUCCUUGAGCACUCCAAAUUGCUUAAAAAUGCCACCUGGCUGGGACUUCAUCAACUGUGUACAUUUGAAGCCUGUCUUCUUGAAGAGAAACUUAGAUCUAUUUAUUUGAGUAAAAAUUCUUCGAGGAAGCCACAUCAAUAAAGCUCCAUAGAUCACUA